CGAUGAGCUCUCCAUUGUUUCUCCUAUCAUCACAACAAUCAUAGUUUUGCACUCCCACCCCCUCCUUUUUUUCCCCUCGUUGUACAGAAACUAUGUAACCAAAUAGAAGGCUGCGCUCUAGAUAAUAAAUAUUAGAAUAAAAGGAGCGCUUUUGUGUCCCAUAUGUCAACAUGUCUGUGGCGUUUUCAUCGACGCGUCCCAGGAGUAAAGGGGAGGUGACACAGCAAACCAUCCAAAAGAUGUUGGAUGAAAAUCAUCAUCUAAUACAAUGCAUUAUGGACUACCAAAGUAAAGGAAAGACAGCUGAGUGCACACAGUAUCAGCAGAUUCUGCACAUGAAUCUUGUUUACUUGGCCACAAUAGCUGAUUCUAAUCAGAACAUGCAGUCACUUCUACCAGCUCCUCCUAGUUCCAACAUGUCCAUGGAUCAUGGAAGAAUGAGCCACAGUGGGGGACAUGCUCCAAGCAACCUCAAUGACAGCACUGGAACAGGAGUGACCGCCACAUCCAUGAUGCAGAGUCAAAUGAGCAAUGGCCCGAGCCAUGCCCCCAUGCAAUCAGGUCACAUGCAGUCGGCUAUUCCAUCUACCAGUAUCUACAGUAGCUCGGCAUCUGGCUACAGCCAUGCUACGCCCUCCUCUCAGGGUAGCCUGGUCCAGGGCCCAAAGGCAGGUUAUGGUUCCUCUUCUUCUUUCUCCUCCACGCCCUCAUCUUCCUCCUCCCCUCGCAGCAACCUCAACAUGCAGUCGAGUCAAGUCUCCAUGAUGCACCAACAAUCUGCUCCUCCACACCACUCCUCAGCCCACUCAGCAGGACAGUAUCAGGGACAGCAGGCGAUGGGCAUGAUGGGACAAGCCAGCCAAGGGAAUAGCAUGAUGCCCCAGAGGCCCAUAGGAUCCUACCGCUCCUCUCAGCAAGAAUCUGUACAACACUACAUGGGACAAGAUGAACGCUACGGAGAGCAGUAUGGACACACUCAGAGCUCCACCGAGCCCAUAAACCAGCAGUAUUACGCUGAUGGCCUUGGAGAAUACUCUUAUCAGCAGUCUUCAUAUGGUGAACAAGGCUAUGACAGGUCGCUUGAUGAGUCUUCUCAACAUUACUAUGAAGGAGGUAACUCUCAGUACAAUCAACAGCAGACCUUAUAUCAGCAGAGGUCUGGUCAGCAACAGCCUUUCAGCCAACAGCAGUACUCCUCUCAGCAGGGCUACAGUGGGCAGCCACAAGGAUAUGGUCCCAGCCAGGGGGGAUCAUCCCAGUUUUCCCAGUAUCAGCAGAGUCAGAGCCAACAGUAUGGAUCCUAUCGCGCUUCCCAAGGCGGUUCCGGAGCACAAACUCAGAGACCGUACUCUUAUGAACAGGGUCAGUAUGGAAACUAUUAGCAAUAAAGCACCACGCUGUUUUGCUGUUCAAGGAACAUCUGCCAUUAUUGGCUUCAACGAUAAUCUCCUCAUCAUACAGAAAUGAAGAUCUCUCUGCACCAGAUUUAUCUUUUUAGAAAUCAUCAUUCUGACCAAGAUUAAAUCAUUUCAUAAAUGUUUUGCUUUCCUCCAUUCUACAUUGAUUUAACAAAGAGUCACGUAAGGGAAAGCAAUUCUGUUUACGUACAAAAUUGGAAGUUUUUCCAAGUUUUUCUGCCAUUCUAUUAGACAUCUAAACAAGGAAGAAAAUCGGUGUUAGAAAUUUGUCUUUUUUUAAUAAUUCUCCCUUUAAGGAGCCAGGAGAUUUUUCUCUUGGUACUUCUGAAGCAUUUCAGUUUUACCUUAGGCACAGGGAAGGACUUCAAAAGGAAGGCCGUAAAAACAAAAUUGAACCUUAAAAGAAACGUCCUUUUUAUUGUUAAGGUGUGUGGGUUUUGUUUCAGGGGAAGGGAAUUUAAUUUUUAUGAAAAUGAGUUAUUGUUUGAAAUCAGGGCUUUGUCUGUGUUAGUCAAACUAUGAUGUGUUGCCUUGAGCUCUAAGAUUAUAUGCAUUCACUUUUUACACAUAUCUGAGACCCAAUAAGUAGCUCACUGAAAAACACUGUAUACUUGUCUAGAAUGAGCUUCGUAGCUGUAUUUUUAAAACCAUAUGUUAGUGGCAUUACGCUGCUUACACAUAUUUUAGAGAUGGACAGGGAAAUUGGCUGUUAAUCAGCUCAAACAGCCAUGAUUGAUGACAGGACAGCCAGAAACUCAAAAUUCCGACUUUUUAUUUCAUUAGUGAAAGCAACAUACAAAAGUGUUACCAACUUGCUAAGACAAGCCUUUUUGUGAUUGAUUUUGCAAGGUGAAAAAGACCUAUAGUUAACUUUUUCUAGGAUUAGAUGUUCAAAAAUAAAAUUGAGCCACACAAAAAAAUGUUAGAAGUUUAAAUAGUGUUUCCUAAGAGAUGUCGAAAUGUGAUAAAAGUAUGAACAACUUGAGGUCAAUUAGCCAAACUAAAAAAUCUCCCAGGGCUUUAUAGACACCACUGUGGCAGUGAAGCAUCUGGACCUGAAAAUCCAGCCAAUGAAAAUCCCAACUUCUUCUUAUUUUUUAUUUCUUUCUUUUGCUUUCCCCAGGCUAUGUUUCGUUGUUCAUGAUAGCUUCUUUAGGUAUAAAAAACUUUUUGUCUCUUGCAAAAGCUGGAUCAAGUUGGUUAAAUAUUUGCAGUUAAGUUUUCUGAUUUAUUUUUAUCUCAUGUCAGCCCCUUUGCCCCUUUUACCUCCACUCUGCCCACCCUCUCCACAAAGAGGUCUGGCACUCCACACUUUAAAAAGCCCUGCUUUAGAAUAUACACAUGAUGUGCUAACCUUUAUCCUAACCCUAACACAUAGAGACAACUUUUUUAGUAAUCUUACUUAGCCAGUCUUUCCAUACUAAUUUCUGAUAUAUAAUGCUAAAGACAGUCUAAAUUGCCAUUACUCUAAUCAAAUUGUUUUUGUUUUUUAAAGUAUUAGUAAAGUUGAACAUUGCCUCUACUCUUACUUCUACAUUUACUUCUUAAAACAGAAGCCCACCAAUUUAGUGUUGAAUGCUUUUAUUGUGUUAUAUUCUAUUACAAUUCUUAAAUAGAAAUCAUAAUUGGUUAAAACUGGGAUCUGAACGUCAAUUUUUUUACAAAAACCUCAGUCCAUUAGCCAAGUUUCAGAUUGAUUAAUCUCUAGCUGUAUGCAAAGUUAAGAGGAUGCCAUUCAGUACUUGGGUUGCUGCUUUGUCUGCAUUUUAUUUUGUAGCUACAGUCAACAUAUAAUGUAAUUUCUGUAACAUAGUUUGUUUCUGGUUCGCAAGUGAUCUUCAAAAAGCCAAAGUAAUCCAGAAACUGAGCAGUGUCAUGUCCUGCAUAUAUUGCUUCAGUAAGUGCAAUACAUUCAGUUGUGUUUUACAAGGUUGUAAUGUCUAAUUUAUUAUUCCUUUGACUUUUACUUGAUGCAAAGUAAAGUUGACUUUGCUUAUUUAUGUCCUGACCAAUUAUGUGGUACAACUGGUGUGGUAUUUGAUAACAUUUUGCAUAAUAUGUGUGCUCCAUCCAUCCAUCCAUCCAUCCAUCCAUCCAUCCAUCCAUCCAUCCAUCCAUCCAUCCAUCCAUC